UAUGUAAUUGACAUAAAACGUGACUUUUCUGUAAUCGAUUACUUAUUAUGGUUUUAAUGAAAUAAAUAAUAUAAGAGGGAAGAAAAAUCAAUUUUUGCUUGUCCCAUUUCUUACUGCGGCCAGUCAUUAUAACAGAAAUGGCAUUAAAUGCUCUUCCCAUUUUAGUUAUUAAUCUUGGAGGAGAAAUGAUGUAUAUUUUGGAUCAAAGAUUAAAAGCUCAAAACAUUCCCAAGGACAAAGGUGAUAAAGUUGUAAAUGAUAUUGUCAAGACUAUGUUUGAUAGACAAUUUAUGGAUGAAAUUUUCAAGCCACAGCAAUUAUAUUCCAAAAGUGCACUUCGAUCAUUAUUUGAAAAAAUUGCUCAUGCAUCUAUUAUGAAAUUAAAUACUCCGAGCAUGGACAAGUUAUAUGAUUUGAUGACUAUGGUGUUCAAAUAUCAAGUGUAUCUGUGUCCUAUGCCUCUAGAUCUUCUUUCGAUUACUCUGAAUCAUCUGGAUGCUAUUCGCAAUUUUGUCAUAACAAAACCUAAUAUUGCGAGUCAAGUUGAUUUCGUUAACAUCAAGCUUAUGGAGACAUAUCAAAACCUACCUUUGGCCAGUUUUCAAUUGUUAAGAUUUACACUUCUUAAUUUUUUUCAAGAUUUGAGGAUUAGGGUUUCUAUUUUCAUAAAAGAGGGAAUACAGCAUCAAAAUGCAAGGUUUAAAAUACCAUCUCAAGGAACAGUGCCUUAUGGCUUUGAAGUGCCUGGAACUAUAAGAGAAUAUGGAUCUGAUGUUUCUCUUCUUUCGGAAACAUUUUUCUUAAAUGGUGGAAAUUAUUUACCCUCGGAUGCAAUGAAUCCAGAUCAACCAAGCACAACAUUAGGAACAAAUAUUUAUACAACUUAUAAAGAUACUGGAAGGACUGAAUAUUCAAUCCCAUCACCACAAACUAAUUAUGAAGAAGAAGAAGAAAGAGAAAUUGAUAAUCAUGCUCAAAAGCAAUUAGACUUAAUGGCUCGUCUUAUAGGAAAAACGCAAUCGGAGAUGGUGCAAAGCGAUUCCCAUUUCUCCAUUAGUAUGUUUGGCAAUGGUAAUGAUGAAAAUGUAAUUGCUCAAGAACAAAUAGAAGAAGAAGAAAGAAUAAUAAAUAUUAAUAUUUCAAAGCCAACUCAGCAAAACGUGCUUGAUAAAAUUAUAGCUGAUCUUGGAACAGACAAUAAUGAAGAAAAAGCAAAGGGUGAUGAUAAUUUAUUAGAAUUAAUGGAUUAUGCAUCUUGAUUGCAUAUAAUGAUAAAAUAAAUGAGAGAUUGUUAGAAUAUAUUUAUUAAUAUCAAACCACAGACAGAUCAUACACAACUAACAAUCUUUGUAAAUUAAAAAAAAAACGACGCACUACAUUUUUAAAGCACUUGAGAUAAAUGCUGGAAACCAAAUAGAUUCAUUACCAUAUUUGAAUAAAUGUUAGAACAAAAUCUUAUAAUGUUGCACAUGUUUAAGUUUUUAACUAUUUUUAUGUAUUUAUUUAUUUUAAAAUAAAAAUUGUUAUUUCAAAACUAUGUAAUAAUU